CUAGCCUGGGCAACAAAAAGUGAGACUCUGUCUCAAAAAAAAAAAGAAAAGAAAAGAAAAAAAUCACAACUGCCUUAGCUAAGGUUUUCCUGGCUCUCAGCUACUUCGGGGAAAAAAUUCCAAGGCAAAAAAAUCUAUGUUGUCAAUGUAGCAAUCUAUUGUAGAAAAAGUGAACAAACCCCUAAGCCAUUGAUGACAAAUAUCUCUCAUGAAUGCCACAGCCCCGACACACACAUACAUCCAUGUGCACACACACACUCACACACAAGCACCCCUGACAGUCUUUGUUAAUUGAUGACUUCAGGCAGCCACUUCCAACCAGUCAGAGUUAAUGAACAACAUGGAACCUGUUUGCCAUCCUGCAUUAGGUGUUCUGAGAAAAUUGGGCCUUUAGAUAAAUCCUGAUUGAAACCUGAAGAAAUCCAGAGAGAAGAUGCCAGCUUGAUCAUUCUUUGACAAAGAGAAUUAGAAGUGGUUGGAAGUACCUGGACGUUAUGAGAAGUUUGGGGAAGAGGAACACAGCUAACUGUAGAGGUCCACCCUCGAGACGCCAUGCCCCAGUUCCUCAAGAAGUUCUCCUUGGCUAAACGUUUACAAGGUGAUAAAAAUGGAAACACAAGACCCCGGCAGCCUGGAGGGAAAGAUGCCCAUGCCUACCCCUGGGAUCGGUCCAGCCUGAAAUCCAUGCCCCUGGACCUGCGGCAGUUUGAGAAACUGGACACCUAUGCCUCACAGGUGACAGCCAAGAGUGGCCUGGACGAGCUGGUGACUGACCUGCUCCAGGAGGCCCACAGUGACUUGGAAAGGGUCCGUGCCAUCUGGAUCUGGAUCUGCCAUCACAUAGAGUAUGACAUGGCUGCUGCCCAGGAGAAGGACCGCCAGGCCUUCAAACCCACCGACAUCCUGCGCAGUCAGAAGACCAACUGCGACGGCUAUGCUGGCCUCUUUGAGAGGAUGUGCAGGAUCGCCGGAGUGCAGUGCAUGACUGUGCCUGGCUACUCCAAGGGCUUUGGCUACCAGACGGGGCAGAGCUUCUCUGGGGAGUUCGACCACGCCUGGAAUGCUGUGUACCUGGAGGGGAGAUGGCACCUGGUGGACAGCACCUGGGGCAGCGGCCUGGUGGACACCACCACCUCCAAAUUCACCUUCCUCUACAACGAAUUCUACUUCCUCACGCAUCCUGCUCUGUUCAUCGAGGACCAUUUCCCAGACAACAAGAACUGGCAGCUGCUGAAACCACCUCAAUCCCUAAGGCAGUUCGAGAACAACAUGUAUCACAAGAGUGAAUUCUACAACAAGGGGAUGCUGAGUGCCCACCCAGAGACCUCCGUAAUCAGGACAGUGAAUGGGAAGACCACAGUCACUAUCGAGAGCUGUGCCCCGACGCUGUUCAUGUUCAUGCUCAACGGCAAGCAGGAGCACGGGCUGCUGAGCCUCAGGAAGAACGGGAUGAAGCUGGAGGUGUACCCUCCAACCAUGGGCACCCACAAGCUGCAGAUCUUCGCCAAAGGCCACUCCGACAUCUACAGCUCGGUGCUGGAGUACACGCUCAAGUGCAACUACGUGGACAUGGGUGUCCAGCUGCCGGCUGAGCUGCACCAGCCCGUGGGCCCCAGCUGGUUCUCGGAGCAGAUGGGCAUCACAAAGCCCUCCCACCCUGACCCCCUCAUCCACACCAGCGAUGGGCGCUGCUCUAUCAGCCUCGGCGUGGAGGAGGGCAUCAGCGUCCUGGCUUCCCUGCAUGGGGACGACGGCCCCAUCACCGAGGAGACGCAGCGGCGCUACAUCUUCCAGCUGCACCGGGAGAAGCGGAUAGAGCUGAAAGUCCAGCUGCCACAUGCCGGCAAGUUUGCCCUCAAGAUCUUUGUCAAGAAGAGGCAGGAACCAGGAAACUACGUCUUCGUCUUCAAUUACCUCCUGUGCUGCGCCAACACCAAGGUGAACUGGCCCAUGUUCCCCGAGAGCUUUGGUAACUGGGGACAGGACAAUGAGCUGCUGGAGCCCCUGUCGGGCGUGCUGCCCGCCAACCGGAACGUCCCAUUCAAAUUGAAGCUGCAUGGUAUUGCCAAAGUCCUGGUGAAGGGGCAGGACACAUGGCCCCUGACCCUGAACCGUGAGGGCUACUGGGAGGGCAGCUGCAGCACGGCCGGCUGCCAGGAAGUCUACGUCAUGGUGCUGGAGAACGCCAACCACAACUUCUACUCCUACAUCCUGAAAUACAAAGUGAAUGCCCAGUGAGGGCCUGGGCCCCGGCGUACCCUCCAGAGGGCCAAGGCCAGGCCUGCCCGGGGAGGGCCCAAAGGCAGUGCAGAGAGUCCUGGGCACCACUGAGUCUGCAUGAAAUCACUUCUAGGCCUCUGCCUCAGUGUCCCUGCUCUGCCGCAGGAGCUGUGAUAUUUACGUUCUGAAGGCUUCACUCCGUUGUCGCCCUGGCCAAGGGGACAGAGGCAAAGGCUCUUUAGAAGAAAAAGGUGCUAUGUAAAUCCAAGGUAUUGUAAACUGUACACCAGCGCCCAGAUGCCCCCUUCUCGUGUUAAUGCUGUUGUUGUUGUUGUUAUAGGAUUGAUGUGGGAAAGCAGGAAGAUCGCCCAGGCUAAAAGCUUUUCACAUGAUGCUUAGAGAAUGCUCCUCCACACCUAGGAGGUACAUGAUUUGCAAGGCUGAGUCAUCCUUGAAUCACAGAGCCCCUUUUAAGCAGCCUGACAGUGUUUCCUGACAGCUCCAGGCCCCCAAGGGAUGCCGGACUACCAUCUCUUCCCAGACCUGACCAUCUUCUGCAUUCCUGCUGCCUCUUCAUUAGCUGCUUCUGGUUCCUCAAGAGCCCCAGAAGAAAGGUGUGGAGAGGACGCUUGCCGACCCACGACAGGCUGGAGGCUGAGCACCUCCACAGUCCCUGUGCGCAGCUGGGAAUGUGACAACCAGAAGGUGUGAGGAGACUCCAAAGAAAGAGCAGCCAGUGCCCACUGUGCGUGUCCUGGGGGGAGGCCAGGGGACGGAGGGACACCGCUGGCCGUCCUGCAGCCUGAGUCUCAGGGUAUAAGACGUCCGGCUCUGUGCUCCUAGAGAAUGUGGAGGGCGGUGAGUUCAGUCUCAGGGGGAGGGUGACCCCAGGCCCUCUCAGCCCGACCUCUGCCUCCCCCCUCACAGGAAACCUGUAGAUAACCCUAAGUAAAGGCCCGGUGGAGACCGGGUGAGUGAGUAGUGAGUAGAGCGACUGUAGCAGUGCCAGUGAGACUUGCAGGGUAGGGGGCUCUGCCUGCCCCCACAGUCUCUACCAGCAAAGCCAUGGCUGGGGAGACCUCCAGCAACGUGGGAACAGUUUUUGUGCUCGUCCCUGCGAAAAAACCCUAUCCCAUCUCCCUUCCUCCCUUUCUCUGAGAAGAGAGUCCCUGCCAUGCAGAGCUCGCAGAGCUCGCCUUCUGCGGGGACAGUUCAGGGCCCCUAGCUUGCUCAGGCCAGGCCUGAGAAGCCUGGGCAGAGCAGCUGGCCCUCAGCAGCGCCUGGAGCUGGCGUUGCCAUGGCAACGGUGGAAGGGCUGCUCCAGCGAGGGCAGCCGGAGGAAAGGACAGAGAGAGGCCCCUUGUGGCCGCUGCAGCACCAUCCCAGCACCGCCAACCUCCCGGCUCCUCCGGCUCCGUGGUCCCUACCUGUCUCAGCGCCCCACCCCUGAGAGUCGGGACCGCUUGGCACCUCUCCGCACUGCCGCUCCACUUUACCCUGGGGCUCACCUACAGCCAGGGCCAGCCAGGAUCCUAAUAGCCGCCCCCUCUGCAUUCACAUCUGUGUUUCCAACAAAUGCUCAGGGGACACUUAGUAAAUGCCAGGAGCCGUGCUAGAUGCUGGGGCUACAGAGGUGAACCACAGCAGCCCAGCCCCUGCCUUCCAAAGCUCGGGGUGGGAGAACCGCCCGGCAGCAGCAGCCUCUCCUACCCAGGCCUGUCUGAAGUUCCGGGCUCAGUCCCUCAGCUCCCCGGAGUCCCUCCCCACAAAGUCCUUACCACUCAGCAUGGACCUGGCCCAGAGCCAGCUCGCAAGGGUGCCCACCCUGCACCAGGCUGGGGGCCUUGAGCACAAGAGGCAUGCCUCCUGGGGGCUGAGCUGCCCUAGCCUGGUCCACUGCCCUCUGACGGGCUCUGCCACCUGGCCGGCACCCUGUCACUCACGCCUGAAAAAUGCACAAAAGCCCGGGAGACAUAACUGAUAUGCACAGCCACAGGGAAACAAGGGGAGUUUUUACACCCUGAAAACAGCCUUUUCACACACCUUUGAUUUUACAGGCUGAAAGAAAUGUGCUGUGUUUCAUCAAAAUAAUAAGUGCCUUCUGUGACACAUGUCACUCACUGGCCCCAGCGCUGGCUCCACGGCUAGUCCUGCUGGAGACCUUCUAAUAAAAGAUGUACCUUUUGAUAUACAAUAUAAUUAAUCAAUCAGUACAUUCUGGAGCAUGCAAAGGAUGCCACCCAGCAAAACGGGAGCUGUCCCGGCACCAGAGAGGGGGCCCCCACUUCUCACAGCACCCGCGGGGCACCCCGCCCCUCCCUCUUCAUUUAACCAGGCGACCCCUUUGUAAAGACAGCUGUAGGCGCAGUCAGAAAAUCACCUGCAUUUCUUUCCCACUGAAGUAAGAAUACAUGAAACGAAAUCCAAUCUUCAUGAAUUUUUACACGCAUGCUGCUCAGGGUAGAAAUUCGGGAUUGCAUUUUGAAGGCUUUUAUUCAAAUCCCCAUCUUUGUUUCCCGGCCCACGAGUCCCAGAGGCCGCUGGAAUGACACGGGCGCACCCUGGUGGCCGAAGUGCGGCGCUGCGGGCGCCGCUCACCUCCGCGAAGCUGCAAAGGAUUUAUGCAGAACUUGAAAAAUACUGUUGAGAUGUUUAUGUGAAAACCACUGGUGCUUUCUCGUGUACGUGGAGCACGUCUUUGCCACGCACAAGCUGUGAGGGGAUCCUGGGGGCCUGCUGGAGUGGUGAGAAGACGGAAUGGAAUAGGAAUUAGGAGUGUUUUGCCUGGAAAUCCCUUCUUGAAACAGAAACACUGGACAUAGGACUGGGUGGGACAGCUUUGACCACACCCAUUGCUAUACCAGUGAGUCAGUGAAACUGCUCAGUCUCAGAGUACACUUGCUAGCAAGUCCCAGGAUGGCAGCCCCUAGGCCACAGGGCUGACAGGUGCCCAGGCACAUGAGAGUGGGGGAGGGGAAGGGCAGAGGGGCGACAACCCGUGACUGCAAUUAACUUCUUUUCAGCUUUUUAAAAAAGUGCCACCAGCACAGCUGGACUCCGUUUUCAAUCUGAUUAUGAUCAUUGUGAGGUCCCCAUAUGUUACAUUGUCCCACCAGGACAAACCCCUCACAGCCUGCUGAGAUUAAAAGGAAAUAAAUAGAUUAAUUGAAGCAUGAAGGAUUUAGGCUAGACAUAAAGAACUAUUUCCUGUUGUUAAGCAGGAGGGACAAGCUGCCAAGAAAGUUGGUGAAAUCCUCUUCUCAAAGGACCUGAAAAGUAGAAGAGUUUUCCCAGUGCUCUGGUGUUUUAGAAGCCACUGCUCGGAUUAGGUUCCGUCCGUCCCAGUUAAUUCUUAAAACACACUGGUUCGCCCACAGCAAACAAAGGGUUAACGGGUAUUGCCAGCUUCUUUGCUGUUGACAACAUCUUCAAAGGCGGUGUGCGUCUGUGGCCCACAUCGGUUUAUCUGCGGUCUAUAAUUUCUUUUCAUUUGGAAUAAGUAGUUGGAAACCUGAAGAGGUGAUUACUUCUCAUAAUGCGUGCACUGAGUUGUGCGGGCCGGUGGCUGUUGCUUGUGCUUUCCCCACAUUGUGGCUGGUGUUGUUUUUCAAUAAAAUUUAUAUUCAUUUUUA